GACACGACACGACACGAACACAGAUGGUCCGAUCUCAAAUCUGUGGUGACAUCUGACUCUCGAUUCCUCUAUCCUCCACACUCUCUAUCCUCUCCUCCUCCCUGUGAAUCUCACGUAACACAUUGUGUAGAAUCUCAAGUAGUAAUCAUGGAGAGGCUAACAUCUCCUGCUCGUCUCAUGAUUGUCUCGGAUCUUGAUCAUACCAUGGUUGAUCAUCAUGAUCCUGAGAACCUCUCUUUGCUGAGAUUCAACUCACUCUGGGAACACGCUUAUCGCCAUGACUCUCUUCUCGUCUUCUCAACCGGAAGAUCACCGACUCUUUACAAAGAAUUGAGAAAGGAGAAGCCUUUGUUGACCCCUGACGUUACUAUUAUGUCUGUAGGGACUGAGAUUACUUAUGGUAACUCCAUGGUUCCUGAUCUUGGUUGGGUUGAUACUUUGAAUCAUAAAUGGGAUUUGGGGAUUGUUAAAGAAGAGACUGGCAAUUUCGUUGAGUUAACUCUUCAGGCAGAGUCUGAGCAGAGGCCACACAAGGUUAGCUUUUACGUUGACAAAAGUAAGGCUCAAGAAGUGACCAAGGAGUUGUCACAGCGGUUGGAGAAACGUGGGUUGGAUGUGAAAAUAAUCUACAGUGGUGGCAUGGAUUUGGAUAUCUUACCACAAGGUGCUGGGAAGGGACAAGCGCUUGCUUAUCUUCUCAAGAAGCUCAAGAGUGAAGGAAAGCUCCCUGUUAACACUCUUGCCUGUGGAGACUCUGGUAACGAUGCUGAGCUCUUUAGCAUUCCUGAUGUUUAUGGCGUCAUGGUAAGCAAUGCUCAAGAAGAGCUGUUGAAGUGGCAUGCUGAGAAUGCAAAAGACAAUCCAAAGGUGAUCCAUGCGAAGGAGAGGUGUGCAGGUGGGAUUAUACAAGCCAUUGGUGAGUUUAAGCUUGGUCCGAACCUUUCUCCAAGAGAUGUUUCUGACUUUUUGGAGUGUAAGGUGGAGAAUGUGAAUCCUGGUCAUGAGGUUGUGAAGUUUUUCUUGUUUUAUGAGAGGUGGAGACGUGGUGAGGUUGAGAACUCUGAGGCGUAUGCAGCGAGCCUUAAAGCUUCUUGUCAACCUGGAGGUGUGUUUGUCCAUCCAUCUGGUGCUGGAAAAUCUCUGGUUGAUACCAUUGAUGAGCUGCGGAAGCACCAUGGAGACAAACAAGGGAAGAAGUUUCGGGUUUGGGCAGAUCAAGUCUUGGCAACAGAGACUGCUCCUGGGACAUGGAUGGUAAAGCUUGAUAAAUGGGAGCAGAGUGGUGAUGAACGCAUAGGCUGCAACACGACUGUCAAAUUCACCGCAAAGGAAGGAGAAGGCUUGGUGUGGGAACAUGUAAAGCAAACUUGGUCGGAGGAAUCAAAGUUGAAGGAUGAUAGCAGCUGGAUCAUCUGAAUCACCCAAUCUCUCUCAAAAUUAUAGACUUCUUUCUCUUAUGAAUCUCUGCCAUAAAUCAUUGGAGCUUCGGCUUGAAUACACAAGACCCAAUAAAACAUUGCCAUGUUAAAACUUGGAUCACAAAACCCUUUUAUAUAUACAUCUCCAAGUUAACUCUGUUUCCUUUAAUCCUUUUGGACUCAGUAAUGGUUUCUGAUUCUUGUUUCACAAGCAACACUAUCUUCUUUCCAC